CUGAGGCUUUGGUUUUGGUCAAGCAGGGUGGCAGACGUUGUUUGGACGGAGUGUUUGAGUUGGUCCCUGUUCCUCUCCAGAGGCUCCGUAAGUGACGCGGACUCUCGGGAGCACCAAACCAGAAGCAGCCAAGGACGAGAAGAGCUGUGGCAGAAGAGAGGGCCAGGUGUCGAGAAGCCGCUCAGGCUUAAAAAUCUCGGACUCCAGUGUAGGGACCUGUGAUCAGCAAGGGAGGACCAGAGUGGCAAAGACUAAUGCCCCCAUUUUACAGCUCAGCCUUCUCAACACUCCACCCUUCCCUAAAAAAGGAGCACAAAGGUGGAAAGAAUGGUCACUCUUUCCCUCACAGUCUGAUCCUGGAUUGCUUCUUCCUAGAAAGCUAAUCUUCGACCAGAUGGCAGUAACAUUUGAAGAUGUGACUGUUAUUUUUACUUGGGAGGAGUGGAAAUUCUUGGAUUCUUCUCAGAAAAAGCUCUACAGAGAGGUCAUGUGGGAGAAUUACACAAAUGUCAUGUUAGUAGGAAAUUGGAAAGAGAGCUGCAAACCCCAGGAAGAAAGAUUCAGAUAUUUAGAACAUGAAAAUCUUUCCUGCUGGCAGGGCUGGAAGACUGCCAGCACUCAGAUAUAUGAGAAUAAAAACUAUGUGGAAAUGGUUCAAGGUAUAGAUUCCAAAGACCUAAAGCAGCAACACCUUUCUCACUAUCAAGAAUGGUCAACACUCCCCACACAAGUAGCAGGGUAUGGGAACUAUGAACUGACUUUUGAAAGCAAAAGUCCCAGGAACUUAAAAUAUACCAAGUAUAUACCUUGUCAGUCCUUAGAAAGGAAACACUCUGAAGAUGAUGGUAGAAAAAUCUAUGUGAGUGAUUCAUGUGGUUUUCAAGGAUGCAGAUACCAUGUUGGCAUAUCCAGGAAAAAUCUCUCUAUGGAAAAAGAACAGAAGCUCAUAUGUCAGCAUUCUAUCCCAGGACAGGAAGCCUUUCCAGAGUACAUUGGGCAGAUAUGUCAAAACGACCUGCUAAAAGGCUCUAUGGAAGAGAAAUACUGUGGAUGUAAAAAAUGUAAAGAAAUUUAUUACUGGAACUCACAGCGUAUUCUCCACAAGAGAAAUCAUCUUGGAGAAAAGUUCUAUCCAUGCUCCAUCAGCCCCACAUGCUUCCCUCAGAGAUCAGACCUAUACAGACAUCCAAGAAUCCACAUAGGUAAGCAGCUGUACAGAUGUGACGAAGUUGCCAGUAACCUUAGUCAGAGCUUCGGUGUUCACUUUCCUCAGAGAGCCCACCCAGGGGAGGUACCUUAUAUAUGUAACGUGUGUAGUAAUAGCUUCAGUCAGAUCCCCGGGCUUCACCAUCAUCAAAGGGUCCCCCUGGAAGAGAAACUCUAUAAGUUGCAGUGUGAUAAGGACCUCGGUAGAAAUUCAUUGCUUCACAUUCACCAGAGACUUCACAUAGGAGAGAAGCCUUUUAAGUGUGAUCAGUGUGGUAAGAGUUUUAGUCGGAGUUCAGUACUUCAUGUUCAUCAGAGAGUCCACACCGGAGAGAAACCGUAUAAGUGUGAUGAAUGUGGUAAAGGCUUCAGUCAGAGCUCAAAUCUUCGAAUUCAUCAGUUAGUCCACACAGGAGAAAAGUCCUAUAAAUGUGGUGACUGUGGUAAGGGCUUUACCCAGCGCUCAAAUCUUCAAAUCCAUCAGAGAGUGCAUACAGGAGAGAAGCCAUACAAAUGUGACAACUGUGGGAAGGACUUUAGUCACAGCUCAGAUCUUCGCAUUCAUCAGAGGGUCCAUACCGGGGAGAAACCCUAUAUUUGUCAUGAAUGUGGGAAGGGCUUCAGCAAGAGUUCAAAACUUCACACUCAUCAAAGAGUGCAUACUGGAGAGAAACCCUAUAAAUGUGAACAGUGUGGUAAAGGUUUCAGUCAGCGUUCACAUCUUCUCAUUCAUCAGAGAGUCCAUACAGGAGAAAAACCCUAUAAAUGUGAUGACUGUGGAAAGGGCUUUAGUCACAGCUCAAAUCUUCAUAUUCACCAGAGGAUCCACACAGGAGAGAAGCCUUAUCAAUGUGCUAAGUGUGGUAAGGGUUUCAGCCACAGCUCAGCUCUUCGAAUUCAUCAGAGAGUCCACACGGGAGAGAAAACUUAUAAAUGCCAUGAGUAUUACACGGGAUUCAAUCAGAAUCCACAUCUUUACAAUAACUGCAGAAGAGAAACCUUGUAAUUCCGUUCAUUUUGUUGUAACAGCUUUAAUCAAAGCUUCAAUUUAAGCCUAGUAAAUGCUGCUAGAAAAAAAUGCUAUAAAUAACCCAAAUAAUCCCAAGCAACAUUUAAAAUUUCUUCUAAUUCCUACUAAGAAUCAUUUGCUUUAAGAAGAGAUGCUUAGGACAGUAUUUUAAAGUAUUUUCUUUUUCUACCAUAUACAUUAGGUAUAGUAGUGUUGUGUGUUAGUUGCUCAGUUGAGUCCGACUCUGCAACCCCAUGGACUGUAGCCUGCCAGGCUCCACUGUGCAUGGAAUUCUCCUGUCAAGAAUACUAGAGUGGGUAGCUAUUCCCUUCUCCAGGGGAUCUUCCUGACCCAAGGAUUGAACCCAGGUCUCCUGCACUGCAGGCAAAUUCUUUACCAUCUUAGCCACCAGGGAAACCCCAUAUGCAUAGUCAUUAUAAAAUAUGUAAAUGAGUCAAGAAGCAAACGUCUCAUCCUGUUUCAUUCUACAUCUUUUUUCUGUCAUUUUCAUGUGCAUAAAAUCAUAUUGUAUGUUCAACUUUGUGUUUUCACUGACUUCAAAACAUUUGCUUGUAUUUUGGUUUGAAUUGAAAUUGGUUAGCUCUCAAUGAACAGCAAGAAUCUUGACUCAACUGUAAAGUCCCUUAGAAGCUACAGAAAAAAAAAGAAAAGAAAACACACAAAACCUGAACUCAAAUUGGCAGACAACUGAAAUAUGGAAGAAUUAACUAAAGGGUCAGUAAAUUUCAAUUGCUUAUGAGAAAAAAUCAGAAAACACUGUAUUUCCCUUUAUCCAAGAUAGGAUAUCUUAGAUAAUUUAUUUCUCUCAACCAGAAAACUCAAGAACCAUCCUUUUUUUGCAAGGGUGCUAUCCUGUAAAGUUACCAUAACACCCUCCCACCCAUUCCCCUACCUAGUUUUCUACAUUUAUGCAUUCGUUUAGACCCUAGGAAGUAUGGAAAAAUUCUGGUUAUCUACAAAACCUAAGAGGGAGAAUGGAUACAGAACUCUGCAAUAGUAAAUGUCAGAAGACAGUGUAAUAACACCUUCAGAAUUAUGAGACUCAAAAAUCUGUUAUCACCUAUAUUUUUUCUUAUCAACUAAAUUGUCUUUAUAGGUAACAGAUAAGCAAACAAAAACAAAAACAAAACCCAGAAAACAUAUAUGUACCUUUCUUAAACAGAUCUCAAGAAUGUGAGAGUCAUAAUGUAAAAGGAUGGGUAACAAACACUAAAAUCAGUUAAACAUGCAGUUAAUUUUGAAUUGUUAAUUUGUUUACAAAACUUGAAAAAUGUUAAAAUAGUUGUACAAGAAAGUAUUUAAUAUAGAAAUGCUGAGUAUAAAAACGUUAUAUGUUAAAGACUGGAUGGGAUGGUAGGAUUAUCAGAUAAAGGAAUCUCGGACACCCAAUUAGGCCUGAUUUUUCAGAUCAGCUCAAUUCAGUUCAGUCGCUCCGUUGUGUCUGACUCUGUGACCCCAUGGACUGUAGCACGCCAGGCUUCCCUGUCCAACACCAACUCCCAGAGCUUGCUCAAACUCAGAUCCAUCCAGUCGGUGAUGCCAUCCAAUCAUCUCAUCCUCUGUCGUCCCCUUCUCCUCCUGCCUUCAAUCAGGUUUUUCUGAAUUUUCAUCAUAUAUCUGAUUUUUCAGAUAUACAGUGAUCAUUUUUUUAUAAGUAUGUCCCAAAUAUUGCAUGGAACUUAUACUAAGAAAGUAUUUGCUUACAUGAAAUUCAAACUUAACAGCACCCUGUGUUUUUAUUUGCUAAAUUUGCCAACAAGAUGAGAGAAGAAUAGCAAAAGAAAGUAUGCUACAUUUCUGGUCUUAAAUAGCAUGGAUUCAUUAUAUUUUCUUGAAUUUAACAAUUCUAGGAAGAAAGGCCUAAAAAUUUUUUUACAGAGCUCAAAAUUACAAUUAAAAGAACUAAAAGCACAUACGUUUCAAAACAGGAAGAUAAAAACAAAGAAUAUUCAGUCCCUAAAGCAUAAAAGGCAGAAAACAAAAACAAUAUGAAGAAGAUGAGAGCAAAUCAGAUUUAUCAAAAUAGCUUAAAUCUCCCUUUAAGAAGUUUUGAAAACCCUUGAUUGAAUUAAAAUUUUACUUAUAUAUGAUUAAAAGACUAUAGCAAAAUGAUACUGGUUAACUGACCAAUUUUCAACUUGUCAGUAUUGAUUUAUUGAUUAAUCUUAUUCAUAUAAGAGAACAGGCAAAUGUUUAUUAGGCAAACAUAAAGGCAUGUCUACAAUAUGUUUUAAAAGUUAAUUUAAAUGAACUAAUUAUAAACCCAUUAAGGUGGAUAAAAAUAACUUUCCAGUAACUUUCUAAAUUCUUAAAAUAAUCAGAAAAAUACUAUGGGUGCAAAAUAGAGUUUGUAAUACUAAGUGAAAGUGAAAGUCGUUUCGUCGUGUCUGACUCUUGUGACCCCAUGGACUAUACAGUCCAUGGAAUUCUCCAGGCCAGAAUACUGGAGUGGGUGGCCUUACCCUUCUCCGGGGGAUCUUCCCAAACCAGGGAUCGAACCCAGGUCUCCUGCAUUGCAGGCAGAUCCUUUACCAGCUAAACCACAAGGAAAGCCCUUGAAAUAUUAAGUUUUCUUUAAAAGGAACAAAUAGCAAAAAUGUAGAAUGAAAAUAAUGAAAAAACAUUUAAUUGAAAAUAAAAGGGGACUUGAAUAGAGAAAUCAUAAUUUUCUUGGAAUGUUAAAGUACAGAUUUAUUUCAGAUCUUAUGAAAAUCCUAAUGAGAUUUGAAAUUGAAAAAAGUAUUCUUUUUCCUGAAAAAAAGUUUAAGAAAAAUAGGUAUUAGAGAAGAGCAAAGAUAAUUAGAAAGAUUAAUGAGAUUGCCCUAACAUAUAGUAAACGAUGUGUGUGUGUUGGUCACUCAGUUGUGCCAGACUCUCUGCAACCCUGUGGACUGUAGCUUGCCAGGCUCCUCUGUCCAUGGGAUUCUCCAGGCAAGAAUACUGGAGUGGAUUGCCAUUUCCUUCUCCAGGGGAUCUUCCCAACCCAGAGAUGGAACGUGGGUCUCCCAUAUUGCAGGCAGAUUCUUUACUGUCUGAGCCACUAGGGAAGAAAAUACAUGGUAAAUGAUAUACUGACGUUAAAAUAUUGAGAACUUGAUGAUACAUUUGAAAAAAAUGUUUAGAAUGCUCAGUUAUUAUUAGAUAACUAAAAAACAAACCAGUGUAUGGAUUACAUAUGUGUAUAUAACAAUGCUUAGAUGCUUUACAUAUGAUAAAAGAUUUAUGAAUAGGAUUAUUUGGUGAGUGGUGCUGCAAAAUUAUUUAACUCUUUGGAGAAAAAUAAAAUUAGGCUUUCAUCUCAUGACCAACAUCAUAUAGAUAUUCAUCUAAUAUGUAUUGAUUAAAGCACAAGUUUUCAAACUGUGUUCCAUGAACCUGUAUAUGGUUUCAUGAAGUCCGCUUCAUCAAAAACAAAUCGCAAGUUAACCCCAUCCUCUUCUUCUGAUUUGUAUUCAAUAUUAGA